AUGGAUGCCCCAGUGGCGGAGGAAGGGGGGCAUCGCGGCCGGGAGGAGGACAAAUGGGGUGUCUGCCCACACCGUCUCCUCGAACCCCGUCAAUGGGAUGCCCUGGCGAUGGGUGGAGACGGCGGCGGGGAAAGGGCGUCGUGGCCGGAAGAAGGACGACUGGGACGGCUGUCCAUGGCCGGGAAAGGUGCGCCCGGGUCCCGAGGCACAGCGGGGAGGGGCACCAUGACAGGGAGGGAAGAGAAAGGCGGCCAACCACCCGAUGGGGGCCAUGGUCGAUGCUCACAGGAACGAGGGCCAUACUGA